GCUGAUGACAGACUGCGCUUCGUCCUCAUCGGGUCGCUGGUGCAGCCUGUGAACUUUCCAUGCACGCUUCUUCUUCUUCUUCUUCUUCACACAGCCUCACCGAAAGCUCCGCAACACCUCCGAGGAAGGAUUUAAUGUUACUUUCGCAAAGGAAUAACUCCCCUGCCCUUUUUUCGCUUUUUUGGGUCUAUUUCGCCCCGUCUCCUUUCGCCGACAGGUUUAAUUUUAAAAGAUCCACCAUAAGGACAGAUCCUCAGACACCAUGCCGCUGAAUUCAAGUUUGGCGAGUAAAAACUACGACUACGAUUACGACUCCCUCCAACCCUAUUUCUAUGAUAACGAGGAGGAGGCGUUCUACCCUCAACAGCUUCAGCCUCCGGCACCGAGCGAAGACAUCUGGAAGAAAUUUGAACUGCUGCCGACCCCUCCCCUCUCCCCCAGCCGCCGGCCGUCCCUGUCAAGCCUCUUCCCCUCCACGGCGGAUCAGCUGGAGAUGGUGACCGAGUUCCUGGGCGACGACGUGGUGAAUCAGAGCAUCAUCUGCGACGCAGACUACUCCCAGAGCUUCCUCAAGUCCAUCAUCAUCCAGGACUGCAUGUGGAGCGGCUUCUCCGCGGCGGCUAAGCUGGAGAAGGUGGUCUCCGAGCGGCUGGCGUCCCUCCAGGCGGCCCGGAAGGAGUGUCCGGCCGGUGACAGCGCGGACCCCGGUGUAGGUGUCGGUGUCGGUGCAGCCCAGUGGAGGUUGAACAGCAGCUACCUGCAAGACCUCAACACAGCCGCGUCUGAGUGCAUUGAUCCGUCGGUGGUUUUCCCUUAUCCGAUCGCAGAGAUGCCCAAACAAAACACAGUGACGCCGCCUAGUAAGGAUUUGGGACUGGACACUCCGCCCAACAGCGGCAGCAGCAGCAGCAGUUGUAGUGACUCAGAAGAUGAGGAUGGAGAUGAUGAUGAGGAGGAGGAGGACCAGGAGGAAGAGGAGGAGAUUGACGUGGUCACUGUGGAAAAGCGUCAGGCGGUGAAACGGUGCGACCCCAGCCCAGUGGAGACCAGGCAUCCCAGCCCGCUUGUGUUGAAGAGGUGCCAUGUCUCCACCCAUCAGCAUAAUUACGCCGCUCAUCCAUCCAUGAGGCACGAGCAGCCGGCUGUGAAGAGGCUGAAGCUGGAGAGCGGCAGUGGAAGUGUGAGCGGCGCGAGCAGCGGUCACAGCAGGGUCCUCAAACAGAUAAGCAGCAAUCGCAAGUGUUCAAGUCCCCGGACGUCUGACACGGAGGACUAUGACAAGAGAAGGACUCAUAAUGUACUGGAGCGCCAGAGGAGGAACGAGCUCAAGUUGAGCUUCUUUGCUCUGCGGGAUGAGAUCCCUGAAGUGGCCAACAACGAGAAGGCAGCUAAAGUGGUGAUCCUGAAGAAGGCUACAGAGUGCAUUUACAGCAUGCAGUCGGACGAACAGAGACUCCUCUCACUCAAAGAGCAGCUGAGGAGGAAAAGUGAACUUUUAAAGCAGAGACUUGCACAGCUGCAGGGCUCCCGUGCUUAAAGUUUGAACCAGAGACUUUUUGGCGUUUUGUUUUUUAUGCAAGUUCAAGACUUAGGGUGUACAGUUGUUGUUGCAUGCAAAUGCAAAACGGAUUAAGUUGUUUGGAAUCUUGUUUGAUUUCAAUGUUAAAACUGCCUCAAUUGAAGUUAUGGGUGGAUUAAAUAUUUAAAAUUUAUUUUUAUUAAUAAAAUAUUAAAAAUAGGGUUACCCUGUUGAGGACCCAAACUAAAAUAUAAAUUUUUAUGUUUUGUAUAUAAUUAAUAUUUCCUAAGAAAAUGUAUUUUUGGAUCUCAAUUGUCUGGAUGUUCAGACCCAGUGUUUGGUUUUUCCAUUUUGUUCCUAGAUUCUUUUUGAAAUAUAAAAAUGUUUCUUCUUGAA